ACCACGUCUCUCCUUCUUCUUCUUCUUCGGGGGUUUCGAAGCUGCUCUCUUUGUAUGCUUUGAAAUCUCUUCUUUUCUCUCUUUCCCUCACUGCUUUCUCUCUCAUCAUUUUUCUUCUGAAAUCUCUUCAAUGGCGGAAUCAAAGCUCGUUUUCUUGUCGGUUUUGUUGCUGUUUUCGUUGUUUUUUAGCGGCGUAAUUGCAGAUUCUGGAAAUUCGGAAGUUAUCGAAGAAGUUCGAUCGGAUGAUUCUUCCGCUUUUAAGCUUGAAUUCGAUCAGCUUAAGUCUAAGAUCCAACUUCUUGAGACUCGCCUUGAUGAGAGCAAUGCGAAUUUGAAGAAAAAGGAUGAGAAAAUAUCGGACUUGGAGGUUGUUAUUCAGGAGAAGUCGGAUGUUGUUGCAUCGUUGCAAAGCGAGAUUGAGAAUGCUCAGAAAAGGGGAACAUCUGAUGCUGAGGAGCGGGUUGGGAAGGCUCAUGCUCGGGCUAGUGAGUUGCAAAAGCAGGUUGACAAGUUGAAGAAAGAAAUUGAAGGACAAAAAAAGGAAAAGGAGGCCUUGGAAACCCAAGCGAUUGAAUCAGAGAACAAAAUUUCCAAAUUGAGUUCAAAAUUGGACAAGCUCCAGAAGAUCAAUGAUGAACAGAAGAGCAGAAUCCGUAAAACUGAGCGUGCUCUUCAAGUGGCAGAGGAAGAGAUGAUGAAGGCUAAGUCAGAGGCCACCUCAAGGACUAAGGAGUUAAUGGAGGUGCAUGGUGCAUGGCUUCCACCAUGGUUCUUGGAUCAUGCGCUUCGUUCUUGGUCUUUUCUAACGGUUGAGUGGAAUGAGCAUGGAAAACCUGUUAUGGAGGUUUUGAUUCAGAAGACAUUGGAGAAGAAGGACCAAGCUGAAAAGUGGGCAGAACCUCACAUUGAAAAUAUUAAAACUAAAUGGGUCCCAGUUGUGAAGGAGCAAUGGGUGAUGGCAACAGAGUAUGUUGAACCCCAUAUUCAGACGUUGACAGCUAAGUCUGCUGAGGCAUUUGAGGCAUCUAAGAAUGCCAUUAAGCCACACAUCACUAAAGCACAGGAGCUGGCAGACCCUUACUAUCAGGAAGUGAAGAAAGUAAGUAAACCAUACAUUGAUCAUGUUGCCACUGUGGCAAAGCCUCAUGUUGAAAAAGCAAGAACUGCCUUGAAGCCGUAUACUAAGAAGGCAGUUCAUGUCUAUGGGAAAUUUCUAGAAUCAGCAACUACGUAUCAUCAACAGGUCCAAUCUGCAGUUCAUGAAAAGCUGCAGCAGCAUGAGGUUACAAGACAUCUAGCAACAAAGGAGUUGGUUUGGUUUUUGGCCUCUGCUCUUUUGGUCCUUCCUGUGAUUUUUUUAUCUAAACUUUGCUCAGCAAUGUUCUGCAAAAAAUCAGUGAAGCCUGCUCGUAAUACUCAAGCUCAUCAUGCCCGUCGAAAGGGUAAAAGGGGACAUUCAGACAAAUAGAUUAUCAGCAUCUAGUUUGAUUUGCUUUUGUGGCACGUCUGAGGCUGAAAUGAAGUUUUAGAAGAUUUUACAGUCAUUGAUGUACUGCAUCAAUCAUCCCCGAAGGAGGUUUCUUUGCUAGGCACAAUUUUCUUUGUAUUGUUAAUUCUUUUGUGAAAAAAUUGUCUAGUAACUUAUGUCGAUAAUGGAGCCGGAAGCUUUACUAUCAACAUAAUAGGUUGCUUUAUGUUUGGAUGAUGAUGUUUCUCUUCUCAUUUUUAACCUCCUGGGUUUGUAAUUUUCUCCUACACAUUGCUAGGUUACAGUCGUAGAUAGCCUUUUUUUUAGGGAUUAGGUGAUUUCCACUAUCAUAGAUUAUCGAGGACUAGAAUAUCAUCUGUUGUAUUAUGAUAAGACUAGUAUUUCUUGUUGAGUAAUAUUUUUGUUAUUGUGUUUUAAAAAAAAAAUAGACAGUCUCACUUUGAAUUAAGUAAGUUCGAUGGAGAUGGUAGGUAA